AUGACCACGGCCAACCUCACCCUUGGGUCCGGUACAGACCCCGCCGCGGACCCAACGACCACGACGCUCUCCAUACCCCCCGACGUCUUCUAUGACCGUCAGUUUAAGGCUGCCUUUGAAACCGCGCAUGCUUCUGGCCGUCUGAAACCCCUCGUCUUCCCUAUCUCCUUUCUCGGCAGUGUCAUCCUGCCCGUCCUCUACCUAUCUGUCCCGCAUACUACUCGCCCAUGGCUCUACCGUCUGCGCUGGGCCGUCGCUGCAGCCGUUGUGGCCCUCAAUGUCCGUCUCAUGCAGACGACGUCGGCUGCUAAUGAAGCUAUCGCCUACGGUACGGGAUUAAUAGCUGUCUGGGGCACUAUCUGGGCGCUGAGGAUGCUUAUAUUCACGCGGCCGCAGUGGGAGGCAGCGAGGAUUGUGCGAGUCCCCAAGGGAGAAGCAGAGGAGGGACGUGAAAAAAAGGUUGUCAAGGCCGACGUGGCCCUCGACGAGUCCGUCGCCGCCGCCCUGGAAGACUACGACUACGUCUGGCAGCCGUAUCCUGCCAGAGCACCAUUCUUGACUCGCCUGGGCUGGUCGAUAGACUUGUUGAUCUGUUUUCGAGGCGCGGGUUGGAACUUGGCCAUCUCGUCUAUUCCACAGCCCCCUCCCCCGUCACCUCGUCUUUUCCGAUCUAAACAGCCCAUCCUCGUCCAGAUUGCGUCCAUUCCCCUUCACUCUCGAACGGGAAUCUUCCGUUCGCAGACCUAUGCUUCCUUCCUCCGCGACCGCCUAUUCCGAAUGCUUGUUUCCUGGAUGGUCCUUGACGUACUCACCAUCACCCUUCGUAAGGACCCCUACUUCAUCUUCGGACCCGAGCCGGUCCCCAGUAACAAUAACCCCUUCCCAUCCAUCCUCCCCAGCGACUUGAUGGCCCCUACGGUACCCGAAUUUCUUCCCAACCUUCCUCUCAAACAGUAUACUCUCCCACUCCUCCGCAACGCCUGCGCCCUCGCAGGCAUCUGGUCCGGCCUGGAAUUUUACACCUCGAUCGCCCAGCUAGCCUUCGUUUUUCUCCCGUUACUUCUCGUCCCUCGCCGGUUGCGGGGGGCUUGGUGGCCGGGAACCGAUCUCUGGGCGAACCCCUCAUUAUUUGGAAACUUUGUGAGCUGCGUGUUGGAUAAGGGGCUCAGGGGGUUCUGGAGCGGUUGGUGGCAUCAAACCUUCCGAGCAGGGUUCCUCGCUGGGCCCCAAUGGGCUUUAGCAAAGGGACAAAGCAAGCACAAGCAUGGACAUGGGGAGUUCGAUGCGACUGCUGUGAUCCAGAUACUUUGGGCGUUUCUUCUUUCCGGGCUGUUGCAUGGUGCAGGCGGGCACACCUCGUCUCACAUGGAUCGCCCGGCUGGCGAGGCCGGUCAUGGCUGGAUGUGGAGUAUCUCGGACAUGGCGGCGCGUGGGUAA